UGACAGUCAGCUGACUCUAUCCCGGAAACGUUACAUGAAGCGGAUAUCAACAAAAAGAGAUUUUUAUCCAGAGAUUUUUCUUUUACAUAAUUUUACGAAAUGUCGUCGAUGGAGUCGACGCUUGAACAGCAUCUAGACGACACAAUGAAGAACCCAGCUGUGGUCGGUGUCCUCUGCACAGAUGAACAGGGACACAGUCUGGGAUGCCGUGGGUCAUUGUCCGACGAACACGGCGGUGUUGUGUCGGUUCUGGCAAAGCAAGCUGCGGCUCUUCCCAAAGACCCAACGGACUCCCCGACCGUCUGCCUGGAGUCUGACUCAGGGAACAUUUUGGUGAGGAGCCACGGAAGCAUCACAAUAGCAGUCCACAAGAUCGCAUCCUGAAGGCAGCAGGACUCUGGAGCAGUUUUAUUGUAACAAAACGAACACACGAACAGUGACCGAAUUUAUGCAAUUCAAACAAAUCUGGAAGAUGGUAAACUUUAGUUUCUGCAUUGAUUUGCUAAAUGUUCCAUAUGUGCAUAUUUAGACCUAAAUAGUUUUGCUUGUUAUGUCAAUGGUUUCUGUAACGAUGUGAUGUUAUAGGGAGGCUUCUGUAAGCUGCCUGCCUCUGUCCUUUUUUUUUUUUUUUUUUUUUUUGGCCAGGAUUGUUCUUAAAUUCGAAGUAUCCCUGCAUUGAAUAACAACUUUGAAUAAACGUUAACUUGACUUUGAACUGUC